AUGAAAAAUGUACUAUUUUUCCAUAAAAACUUUCAGAGGGCUGCUGUUGCUGAUGAACUUGCAGAAGAUUUUGCUGCUCAAAUGCAAGAUAUUGUAGAUCAAAAGAAUAUAAGACGUCGUGUAUAUGAUGCAUUAAACGUAUUAAUGGCAAUGGACAUUAUAGCUAAAGAUAAAAAAGAAAUUAGACAAAAAUUUGAACUUCAAGAGUUGGAGCGACAAAAUCGAAAUUUAAGCAAGCAGGUUAAUGAUGCCAAAAUUGCUUUUCAAAACAAAAUUGCUCAACACCUUCACAUCUGUAAUCUUGUGAAGAGAAAUAAGUUAAACAGUUAUCAAUAUCAAUCCAAUAACGGUAAAUCAAAAAUAUAUUUUCCAUUCAAGCUUAUACGUUGUCCGCAAGGAACACAAAUUGAUAUUCAGAGUGGACAGGAUGGGUUUCUUACAUUUUAUCCAAAUAAACCAACAAUACUUAAUGAUGUUGACAUCCUACAAUGUAUUGGAAUGGAUAAAAUUUCUCACGAUGAUAUGCAGAGUUGGAUUAAUCCUGAACAUUUAAAAUGGGUCAUCGCAAAACAAGCUGUCGAUGGUGAUUAUCAACAUUCACCAAACUUAUCUAGAGUACCAAAAUGUUUUUGUAAACAACCCGCAUCUGUUUGUCUAUCUGAAAGAUCAGGAACUCUUAUUUACGAUUGUCAUUAUGUUAAGCAUGUUAAUCCUUGGAAUUCAGGUAUUUUGCUAGAAUAUGACGAUAAAAAUAAAAAGACUAUAUUAUGCACAGUUUUCAAUUUAGCCAAUUAUCCUGGAAAGGAGAAUAGAAUAUGUGGUUUUCAUGUACAUCUACCAUCAUGGAAUAAAAUAUGCAAUGGAAGAAUAUUUAAUGCGAAUAAUCGUGAACUUAGCACAUGCCCUUUUUUUAACUUUACGUUUUGUGUAGAAUUUCAAACUAUAAAUCAAUACCCCAUCAACAUACCUUCUGUGCCAAGAUGUUAUUGUAAAAGACCAAUUGUAUUGACAAGAAUUACUACACCUGGUAAUAUUGGAAGAUGGUAUAUGGCUUGUGCAAGUUAUCACGUUAGUGUACCGGGAGCAAAGCCUAAAUGUUCAUUUUUUAAGUGGGCUGAUGAAGUUUUAUAUGAUAAAAAUGACCAAUGUUUUCAUGAUGAUUUUUACAAAUUUGAACAAGUAUUUAUUAGGGAACCAACUUAUCAAAAUUGGCGAAAAAGAUUGGUUUGUAAUAUAAAACAAGAAAUAGAUGAGAUUAUAGCAAAUGACAAUGUUAAUAUGGGUGGUGGAUUACAGGUUAAGAUUGGAUCGGAUAUGAUAAUUGGAUUAUUGGCACCAGGAACAGGAGUAUGGCCUCCAAUUGAUACUCCCCCACCAUUUGAUGACUCCUGGGCAACAGUAGUUGACUUUACUGUAGUACCAGAUGCUCCAGUUUCUACAGAGUAUGGUGAUUGUCCUGCCGUUGAUACCUUUUGUUCAUGGACUUGUACAAAAUGUAUUAAACCUGAAGAUGUUGUCACCUGUCCUACUAUUGGGCAUUCACUUUCGAUGACGGGCCUACGUUCACGUGUGAUAACCAAUCCUCAAAUAUUAAAAAGAGCUGUUGAUUCUGGUCAUCAAAUUGGUAUUCAUACUUGGUCACACACAGCCUUAACAACUCAAACCAAUGAAGAAAUCGUUUCCGAAAUCAAAUGGACAGAACGUGCAAUUCAAAACUAUGCCGGCGUAACUCCUAAUUUACUUAGACCACCACAAGGUGAUUACGAUGAUCGUAUUAGAGAUAUAGCCAGACAAUUAGGCUACACAAUCGUAUUAUGGGAAUUGGAUUCCUUCGACUGGAUGGUUGUACAAGAUACUACAUAUCCUGUUGAAUAUAUCACCGGUAAUUUCACUGCAUGGGCCGACAACACUACAGCUAAAGCUGGUCAUCUCAAAUUAGGACAUGAUCUUUAUGAAGAGACUGUUGACUUGGCUCCCCAAUAUUUCCCUAUAGUCACUGGCAAAGGUUUCAAUGUUAAGACAGUUGGUGGUUGUAUAAACAAACCAGACUUUAACCCAUUAGUUAGUGCUACAACAACUACUUCUGCCGACGUUGCCGCAACCACUACACCUGCUGCACCAACCAAAAGAAAACGCCAACUCUUUAAAAAAAGAUUAACAGAUAUUUAA